CUAGCCAGCUGAUGCCAUGCGAGGCGGCGCCCACCCGGCGGCGCUGGACCUUCUUUGGACCGGGUGGAUCAUGGAUAUGCCGGGGCAUAAACCCCCGGGACGCGGCGAAUAUUCUCUCUCUUUCUCCAGCCGGAUCCUCUUCCCCGUUUUCCCCGCGCAUUUUCCCCUUGGUUUCUUGCACGCCCAACACUCGAUCCGCCUGAAUCCCAUAUACAGAGAGGUCCUGUGUAUAAAUAGCAGCUCGCCUCCACAAAUUAGCAGCAAAGCCCGCGCGUUACAGCUCGAGCAUCUUGUAUAAUUUGGCCGUCAUCUAUCUAGCUAGCGCUGACCCUCGUCUUCGCCGGCCGGUCCUUCAUCUGACCAGGGCCAACGACGCGCCGCCGCCGGUAGCCGGCAACGUACGUGUACGUCUGGAGCUAGUCUGGGCGAAGGGCGAUGGCUCAGCCCAAGGCCGACGUCGUCGUCGUCCCGCCGGCCGCCAUGCCGGAGCCGGACAUCGCCGCGGAGCUCGACGCCCUGGCGGCGCGUUCUUCGCCGUCCCCUACUACUACCAGCGGAGCCGCGCCGGCGGCGGCGAGGCCGCCGCUGGUGGUGGUCGGGCACCGCGGGAGCGGGAUGAACGCGCUGGCGGCGGCGCCGGAGGACCCGCGGGCGCGGGGCGGCGACGUCAGGGAGAACACGCUCCGCUCCUUCAACGCCGCCGCCGCCGCCGCCGGCGUCGCCUACGUCGAGUUCGACGUCCAGGUGACCAAGGACGGCUGCCCGGUCAUCUUCCACGACAACUUCAUCUACACUGAGGAAAACGGCGAGAUCUCAGGGAAGCGCGUCACCGACCUCGACCUGGACGAGUUCCUCUCCUACGGGCCCCAGAGGAACCAGGAGAAGGCCGGGAAGCCGCUGCUCCGGAAGCUCAAGGACGGGAGGAUCCUCCGGUGGGAGGCGCGGUCGGAGGACGCGCUCUGCACGCUGCGCGAGGCGUUCGAGGGCGUCGACCGCCGCGUCGGCUUCAACGUCGAGCUCAAGUUCGACGACAACCUCGCCUACACGGAGGCGGCGCUCGCCGCCGCCCUGCGGGCCGUCCUCGAGGUCGUCUUCGAGCACGCCGGCGGCCGGCCCGUCAUCUUCUCCAGCUUCCAGCCCGACGCCGCGCAGCUCGUCCGGAAGCUGCAGGACAAGUACCCUGUGUACUUCCUGACGAACGGCGGGACGCAGAUGUACGCCGACCCGAGGCGGAACUCGCUGGAGGAGGCCGUCAGGCUGUGCGUCGCCGCCGGCCUGCAGGGGAUCGUGUCGGAGGUCCGGGCGAUCCUCCGGCAGCCGGCGGCGGUGGCCAAGAUCAAGGAGGCCAAGCUCUCGCUCAUGACCUACGGCCAGCUCAACAACGUGCCGGAGGUGGUGUACGUGCAGCACCUGAUGGGGGUGGACGGCGUGAUCGUCGAUCGGGUGCUGGAGAUCGCCGAGGCCGUGUCGGCGUUCCCCGCCGCCGCGGGGGAGUCGGGCUCCUCCGAAGGAGGCGGCAGGUGCGAGAGGCUGGGGACGGCGGCGGCGGCGGGGACGCCGAGCUUCUCCACGCCGGAGAUGUCCUUUCACUACUAGAAAAAUACCUUAAGCCACUGGUUGCAGGUAUCUUUUGGUAUAGUUUUUUUGAACUAGUACUCCGAAAGUGGUCCUUAAGCAACUGGUUGCAGGUAUCUUUUGGUACCAGUUUUUUAAACCAGUACUCCGAAAGUGGUACCAAAGGCUCGAGUCUUUGGGAGCCUUUGGUACCGGGUAAAUUAACCGGUAUCUAAGGCCUCCAAAAUUCACGAAAAAUAUUCUCUUUGGCUAGGAUUUGAACUCGCGACCUCUAGCCUUGCGCGUUGCUUC